GUUGUGGUCUUCGUGCAUUUAACCUCACUCUAUAAAAGACAUAAAACUCCACCACCGGCCUCUCUCUCUUUUUCUUCUUCUUCUUCUUCGCCGGACCUCGCUUUGAGCUUCUCAAGGUUUAUUUCCAUGGCUGCCGGUCUAUACGCCACCGUAACCCCUAAAACCUCCCGUUCACUACUCUUCUCACACCAUAGACCGAACCCAGCGCCGGUUUUCAAUCCUUUAAUCCACCACCAAAAGAUCAGGUACGGCGCUCGAAGAAAGACGAGUUUGUUGUCCGUUUGCUUCGUGUUGGAGGAAAAUAAACUCGGUGAGCCCCGGGUCGUGGAAGAAGCUUCCGAGGAUGCGGGGAACAUCGACCCACGGAUCUUAAUACCCUCCCAUGUGGCGGAGAAAUUGGCUAGGAAAAGAUCAGAAAGGUUUACUUACCUUGUCGCGGCCGUCAUGUCUAGUUUCGGCAUCACUUCCAUGGCGGUUAUGGCAGUUUACUAUAGAUUUUCUUGGCAAACGGAGGGUGGAGAGGUUCCUCUUUCUGAAAUGUUUGGCACAUUUGCUUUAUCAGUUGGUGCUGCUGUGGGCAUGGAGUUUUGGGCUAGAUGGGCACAUCGAGCUCUAUGGCAUGCUUCCUUGUGGCAUAUGCACGAGUCUCAUCAUCGGCCUAGAGAAGGUCCGUUCGAGCUAAACGAUGUAUUCGCCAUUGUCAACGCCGUCCCAGCUGUAGCUCUUCUCUCUUAUGGUUUCUUCAACAAAGGCCUUGUUCCUGGUCUAUGUUUUGGUGCUGGGCUUGGGAUAACGGUGUUCGGAAUGGCCUACAUGUUCAUCCACGACGGUCUUGUGCAUAAGAGAUUCCCAGUGGGGCCUAUUGCCAACGUUCCCUAUUUCCGGAAGGUUGCAGCGGCUCAUCAGCUCCAUCAUUCAGAAAAAUUCCAAGGUGUACCGUAUGGGUUGUUUCUAGGAGCUAAGGAAUUGGAGGAAGUGGGAGGGCUCGAAGAGUUGGAGAAAGAGAUCAACAGGAGAAUCAAAUCAAGCAAAAAGGGUUCAUGAAUCACAGAAGAAUCAUGGUGUUCAUGGAUCAAGCAAUUAAACAACACUUGUCGUUGUCAUGGAUCGCAUGUACAAGUAUAGUUUCCUUUUAUUUUUGCAAUGAAAUCGAGUAUUGUACGUAUGAAUUUUUCCCACCACUUGAGUGAUGUACAACCUCUUGUUCGAAAAAA